GGGAGCCUGCAGGAUCGCCAUCUAUGGACCAAGAGUCUUGACAGAUGCUUUAACAUCUUUUAAUCUCCAAAGUAGCAGUUUAAUCAUUUUCAGUAAUGAUGGUUUGCUGUGUGAUAAAUAACAGGAUGUUGCAAAAUGCAAGAAUGAGACAACCUUUGAUUGUAAAAACUCUACAAAACAGUCUCCUAUACUCCCAAACAAUGACAGACUGUCGCUAAAAGGGGAGGUGGUGCAAUCAUCCAAUCAUACAGAUAAUCUUGUCUCAACUUAUUUGAAACUAUUGCUAGAAUCAUAUUUAAAACAAGCAAAUAGUAAAGAUUCAAGAUUUGUUUAUUUGUCUUGUGCAUGUUAAACAAGGUCAACAGUGCAGUGAAAUGCCCUGAAUGAGAGGAAAUGCCCUGAAUGGGAGGACCGCUCGACUAAAAGGGGUACAGAUAAAACACACAAUAAUACUGAAGGAAUGCAAUGAAAUAAGGAUACAAAAAUAAAUGAAUAUAUUUGUAUAUAUAAAUACAUAUAUAUAUAUAUAUAUAUACAUAUACACACAAUUAUAUUUAUAUGUAUAUAUUAAAGACAAAAGUAUAAGAGAAAUAUUUACAAGUGAAAAAGGAGAUAUUUACAAAGUGAACAAGCGAUGCAGUAGGUGUUGAGUGUGAAUGUAUGAAAUGGAGGAUAAGUCGGUGGGAUAAAUGAGGUAUGAAAAUUGCUGUAUUGCACAUGAUUUAUAAUGUUGUACAAAUCCUAUAGUGCACGUGGUAUUGCACAUCACAGAUGAUAUUGCACAGUUAAGUGGGUUGUUGCACAGAGUAUUGUCUGGUGGUUCUAUUUCCAUAAAUAUAUAAAAAAAAGUUUCUUUGCAGUAUUUUUGAUCAAAUGUUGGUUUUAAGUGAGUUGCAAACCAUCAUAUUCUGUUUAAAAAAAUAUUUUUAACUAUGUGCUAAUUAUAUUUAAUUAGGUCUUUAUUCUGGUUAAAAUCUGGCCUAUACCAGAAUAUAACAUCAGUAACAUAACAUCAUGUAUAAUACUGCAAAAUUAGUGGUCAAACCUGAAUAUAAACAGAAUAAUAAACACAUAACCAGAAAUCAGCCUUACAUCUUUUAACUUCACAGUGGGCUUAUUGUUGGGAUUUUUCCAGAUGAAUCGAUAUAAAUCAAUAACUCACUACCCUGGACUGUUUUCCUUUUAGCGCAGAGACACAGAGUACCAGAGUGUGGAGCACUUUCAUAGCGCACCAACAUCAUUGCAUCGACCUCGCUCAUCAUUGCAGGCUUCUUUCCCUUUAACGCAUGACGCAGCAGCUCAACUGGUGCCCCACUUUGUGUGAGGAGCAGCAGCGGCAGCGGCAGUGAGUGUGCGGGAGCCUGCGGGAUCUGUUGUUGCGUACGGCUCGGCUCGGGGACGUCGGUGCUUCUCUGGGCCCUCACCUGUCCUCGACAUGGAGUUUUUACUGGGGAACCCGUUCAGCACGACGGUGGGACAGCGAAUCGGUGAGCCAAAAAGCAGGAUUAGACAUUUGGUUGUGAAAAACAAACGCUCCAGUCAGGCUCAGACACCCUUACCGGAGACGUCUCGCCUCCGACACGCGCAUUUCUCGCGAGCUUUAUCUCCUUUUAGGACCUAAAGGGGUUAUUAGUGCACGCGCCAACGACCAUGCAUUGGUAUUAUUGUAAAGUAAUAAAUUUGAGUGAAAUUAACGAGUGAUAGAGCUACAGGGUUGUGGUUUGACUGACGUGCACGCCAUACAAUGACCUGGCAGGGGCGGGACUUAUUCUCCAAGAUGUGCAAUCUGAUUGGUUGUCAGUGUGUCUGUUUAUCCUGCCAUUAGCUGGGAGGGACGAUCAGUGACCGACAUCCUCCUGACCUAAAUUAGAUUCAGCCUAAUGACUGCUCAUGUGUUAGAAUUGACUGAUGGAAAAUAUGCAGGAUUCAUUCAAACAAAAGGAGACACAGAUUCAACAACAGCAAAUAAAAAACCUUAUUCAUCAUUCAGCUGUACGUUCAAAUCAAAUAGACAGCACACUUUCACAUCCUCACCCAUGUCUGUGGAUUUCAUAUCACUUCUUAAUUCUUUAAAAUUAUUUAAAAUUAAAGGAGAAAUUGAUUUUUUCAUAACAAAAGUUCCAAGUAUACAUGCUGUCCUUUUGACUGAAUGUACACAUUGUUCUUUGAAAUGUUGAGCAAUGUCAUUCUAACAGUACCUUUUUGGUCAUUAAAAAGCUUAAUGAUCUAUUUUCUUAUGAAAAUAUAACAUGUCAACAAAGAGCAAAAGAGAAGAAGCUAUGAAUAUAAGACUUACCUGCAACUUCGAUUUCCCCCCCUAAAAUCUCACACUGUAAACCAAUUAAUUGUCUAAACUUGCCAGAGCUAUUUGUCUCUUAAGUUGUAAUGCUAUAGCUUUUUGUAUUUUUCUGUCAUUUUCUGUGUGUGAGACAGUGUGUUUUUUCCUUGUAAAAGACAAAUAUUGAAUUUAGAGUCUUAAUGCACAGCAAAAGCACAAAGUUAUCAGCAGAAUUUGCGUAAAUAAAAAUUUCAAGAGCCCCAAGAUACAUCCCUGUGGAAUACCUCAUGAAAACCACAGACAUGAUUUGUGAACUCAAGCUGCUUUUCACAAUCAGUACACUAUAGGUUUGCUUUAGCAACUACCUAAUGCCAUGUUUAGGAAGAAAUUAUUAUUAAUGAUUACUAUUAUUGCAUGAUAUAUUGUUGAAUGAAGAAAUAUUUUUGACUGGUCAACUGUAAAAUGAAUUGCAGAUUAAACAGACUAUGUCACCUAAAAUGCAUAUUUUUAACUUGUAAGACCAACUACAAUCUUGAACGUCACUGAAGAGGGCCCUAGAUUUGAUCCCUGAGGAACACCACAAAACAAAAUACAACCUUAAUUUUAUGUGGACAAAAAUAGCAGUGUAAUUAUCAACCAGUUUGUUUAUAAGGACAUGUACAUGGUGUCCAUGGUUAAAAAAAAAAGUCAGAUUUGAUUUGUAAGACUAGAGAGUAGUUUUUUCUUUCUUUCACUACAUUAAAAGUGGACUUACAGUAGGCUCAGAGAAGUCACAUGCAUUUCUCGAUCAGGUUUAUAAUUGUUAUUUUUGCUGAGUGAUACAGAUGUAUAUGUUGAUAUUGUGGUGAAUUGGGUUCUUGGAUAAUUAUUUUUAAGGUAUUUCAACCUGAUUUCCACUACAGUUAUGUCUGAUUCUUUGAUGCAAUGCCACAGCCACCCAGAACCAGUUAAUGGCCUUGUCCUUUUAUACAGAGUUUCCUGAUACUCUGUAAAUGAUGAGAUCAACAAUUUCAUGUAAAAAAAAUCUUAACUCUGAGAGACUCAGCUGCUCGGUAAAAGUCCAUUUCAUGUAACUAACCGAUUGCAAAUCUGUCAUACCAAAAAUAACUUGUUUGUGGUUUAGAGACAUGAUCAAAGUAUUUUUUGAUAACUUGAGUAUUUUCUCAACUUCUUUAAGGUAAACUAUAGGGUGUUAGAAUCAUGACAACUCCUAAGUCAGGUCUAUAUGAUCUAUUUUUGUCAGCGGUUUCUUCGAGUAAGUACUUAGUGGUGUAUUUCUGUCAUUUUUCACAGAGAAAGCAACCGGUUCCAGCCUGCCAUCAGAGGACUGGGCCCUAAACAUGGAAAUCUGUGAUAUGAUCAACAGCUCAGAGGAAGGGUGUGUGUGCAUAUCCAUAUGUGUGUGUGUGUGUUAUCUGUCUGCCUGCAUCAAGAACAAACUCGUUCUCUGGAGAUUUCAGGCUUCUGAUGGUUGAAAACUCUCUGGUUUCAGGCCCAGAGAUGCAGUCAGAGCUAUAAAGAAAAGGAUUGUGGGAAACAAGAACUUCAAGGAGGUUAUGUUGGCGCUCACGGUGAGUGUUUUUCUCCUCACCUCCCCGUACACCUCUUAACCUACUUUAUCUUUCUUUACAGGACUGUCAAGUUGAUGGCUUUGUUUCAAGUAAUGGAUAGAUUAGUAAAAUAAACCAGCAUCAAACAUUUUUAACCACAAUCUUCACUUACCCUUAUAAAACAUAUAGUAACAAAACAUUUGUAAAACAUAUUUACAGAUCCUACAAAAAGAUGCAGAACAUGAUUCUGAUCCUACAUAAAAUUGCAGGAUCUGCUGGGAUUUAAGUAUGAAAAGUUUUUAUGAUUUAAUUUGUGGUACAAGUGUAUUUCAAGAGCAAAAUCUUAUCACUUCUCAGGCUUUGGAUUAUGCAUGAAAAACAAUGUGAAGAGCAAAAGCAGGAGGAACACAAUUUACUCUAAGGACAUCUUGUCUCCCACUGAUGGUGGUGGUCCAGCAAGGAUUUAUUUACCUCUUCAUACAGAUGUUUGCAUGAAAGUGAAGCUAACAGACUGUUCUUGAUCAAACAUUUACACUUGUGAGACAAAUGAGCUUGACGCUGGGUUAUUUAAGUUUAUUAGCAUUUACAUUUCCUGACUACAUUGAAUGCAUCAGAAAUGAUGGGUUUGGCCAAAUACAAGAAAUGUUUAAUCAUAAAGUAGAUGGUGUUUUCCUUUAAAUCUCAAGUUAAGGUUUUGAGAUGGCUCCAUAAAACAUACCGCUUACAAAGGAAGUCAGAUGAGGAGCUAUAUGCAGGUAGAGAGGAGGAGAAAAGACAAAGGAAGACUUAUGGGUAGCAAGGUGAACAGAGCCUUAUUGAGAUAAGAAUAGCUUUUGGUUUGUGCCAGGUUGGUGCCUCCUGUGGCCAAAGCAGUCUUUGCUUAUCUUGUCCUUUAUGAAUUUGUGUACAAACUUUUGACAAUAAAUUAUACCUGGCUGACUUUUGACUGUCAGAUGUAUCCCUGGUUGUGAAUAAUAUGAGUGUAAAUUUUGAAAAUAGCGUCUGCUCCUUAAGCUGUUUGGCUGACACCUACCCCUGUGAACAAGUUUCAGCAAUUAUAAUUCAGGAUAUGGAAGUUGUCGGUCUUGUUGCUGAUGGUCUUGUUUGAUUUGGGGUGUUAUGAAAAGGCAUCAGCAUGGAUUUCAGUCUUUUAUAUAGGUCCAAAAAUUGCUCAUAGGAGCUUUAAAUCCAGUUUCUCUGACUUUUGCAAGUUUCCAAACUCCUCUCUCUUAGCUCAGGAAUCUUCCCCCAGCUUUAAAAAUCUCCAAAUUUACUUUAAAAAACAAUCUAGAUCCUUAAGACACAAAAAAAAACUACAAGCCUUUUUCUAAUCUAUUCUCUCCAGGCCAUUUUGGGGGGAUUUUGUUUUCUGUCUUCUUUUCAUUGUCCAUUUGAUCAAGAAUAACACUAAAGAAAAAUGUUAAUCAGGCCUUGAAAAAACACAGAGCUGAGACUUGUUGAAGCAUUAGAAUGAUAUGUAGAUAAAAAUCGGUGGCAGUACUUAUUCUUUCAGGUCUUCGUGCAGGACUACGUUUCAUCCUGGUUCAGGUCUUAUCAUUUUAAUAGACAGUUUUUGGUCAGAGACACAUGACUUCAAUUAUGGGAUUCCUCGGCAGGUAUUCUUGGGCCUGCUUUACUCCUCUUGUAAAUUCUACCCAGACUCAUUUUCGCUUAUCAUCAUGUCAGUUACCAUUUCUAUGAUGACGAUGCCCAAAUGUUCAUUUCUGUCAGGCCACAUGACCAAAUUACCCUGCAAAUCCUCUCUGCUGGCCUGUCAAGACAUCACUGUUUGAUUAAGCAAAAAGUUUUUCUAGGUGAAUGAAGACAAAACCAUGGCUAGAGCUGAACUUUAAACCCCCCUGGGUGGUUUUAGCAAAUGAUUAGCAAAUCAAAUCAAAUAUCAUAAACCUGGGAGUGAUUUUAGAUCCAGAUUUAUAUCUAAACCUCAUUUUUAACAGCAUUGUUUCAAGUAUGGGUCUGAUAUAAAGCAAUGAAUCACUUAGAUUAUUCGUACUUUCCUUUUAAAUGCUCUAGGUUUUGUCUGUUUUUUGAGUCUUUUGCUGAUUCUCUUGAUUUUAGGUUCUUGAAACCUGUGUGAAAAACUGCGGCUACAGGUUUCACAUCCUGGUUACGACUCGGGAUUUUGUAGAAGGAGUUCUGGUGCGGUCGAUCAUCCCGAGAAACAACCCUCCAUUAAUCCUGCACGACAGAGUACUCAGCAUCAUACAGGUAAGAAAUGCUGCAAUACACGUUUGGCAACACUGUGGCAAAAGGAAUCAGGGUGUUGCUUUGUUAAAAUUCUUGUUGCUAAGGCUUUAGUCUGUUAAUAAUUUGUGGUUUUCUCUCAUUAAGGCGUGGGCUGAUGCAUUCCGUAGCUCACCCGACCUGACAGGUGUGGUGUCAGUUUAUGAAGAUUUAAGGCGGAAAGGACUAGAGUUCCCUAUGACAGAACUUGAUGGUUAUUCACCCGUCCAAGGGCCCCAAAAGGUACAAGCACACCUGCUGUGAUCACUGCUGUUGUUUGGGUACUACCUUUUCUCCUUGGUCACGUUUUUCGGGUCUUUUCUUCACAUUUGCUCACCAGACUUUGCCUGGGAAUGGGUCUGCUGUCACUACUCUUCCUGCUAAUCUCCUAUCCUCCAAACCUCCAAUCAUCCCACCACACACUUCUGAGCUAAAACUGGCCCUAGAGGGAUCCAAUGCCUUUACUCCCAGCCAGGUGAUAAUGAAUGCUCAAGUCCUGAAACUGCUGCACGAUCCUGUUUAUAUCCUUUCUUCCUCCAUGUUUGCUAAAGUGCUGUUUUUAGAACCUUAUUUUAGAUUCCAAAUCAAUGUUUGCUUUGCCAAGGAGCCAUUAUGUCUGUGUUGAUUCAGACUACGUUAUUGACAUUACAGGUCAAAAAGCUCAAAGCAGAGCUGGGAGUGGUUCGAAGCAACCUGACGAUGAUGUCAGAGAUGAUGAGUCAGCUGGAUCCUGUCACGGUAAAACAAGCUGACAUGGAGCUGCUGGAGGUAAAAACCAAAAACACACUCAGGAAAUGUCGAUUCAAAAGUAAAAUCCUUCCCGUUCGUUUACACUCAGUAACAGGGUGUUACCCUUAACUGAUCUAGCAUUGCAUACAUUUGUGCUGCAUCUGUCCCCUCAACUCCCCCCACCCACACAUUCUUUGUUUGGUUGUGUCAUUAGCAGUUAUACACAGUUUGUAAAGAUAUGCAAGAAAGGAUAGUGAAGAUUGUACCCAGACUCAGUGAAGAGAAGCUAAUUGAAGAGCUGCUGGCAACGAACGAUGAGAUGAACACCACCUUCACUCGCUACCACAGGUUGACCACAGUCAUUAUUAUAAUACAAGCACAUUUAGAAAAGAAGAGCAGCGCUUUUCUUCCAUUUGGUGCUGAUAUUAUUUUGUUCUCAUGUUGACAGGUUUGAAAAAAGACUAACAAAUGGUCAAAAUACAACACAGAAGGUAAAGAACAUAGGAAUACAUUUCCUUUUUGUAAUUUUCCUUGAAGUUUUACAGUCAUAUUUAUGCAUCUUGGAUAUUAAAUGUACUGUUUUUUAUCCUUCAGAGCCACACAUACGUCAACCUAUCAGACCUGGAUUUGACUGCAGAGUCUGGAGUCGCAUCAAUGUCCAAUGAGAGCUCACUCAGCCACUCAAAAUCAGACAGUUUGUCGAGUCAGAUGGCAAGACUUAGUAAGUAGUCCAGUCUUUCUAAACUAUUAAAAAAGCAACAAUGCACUUACCUCUUUUCAUUUUGUACGCUGUAACUUCUUUUUCUUUUUCUUGCAGGUACAAGUGAAUCAGAUGAAACAAUAUCACCGAAAAUAAACAUCCCACCUCAACAAACACAAAGGUACAGAAAGAAAAAAAUUGCGUGACCUUAGAGGUAAAGAAACAGAAGCAGCAGUAACCAUUUUAAGAGAUUCCCAUCAAAUACUGGCUAAAUUAAGCCUCUUCAAAAGCAAACAGAACAUCAAGACAAUUUUCUUGAAAUAAUGAACAAAAUCUUUCACAGUGAGGAUAAAAAAGACCUAAAAUUUGAAUGAGUAAAUGCAAAGCUGAUAAACUGAUAAAAUAGUUGGCUAACUGUUGUAAGAAAAAAAAUAGCUAAAGCAGUUAGCAAGGCUAUUAUAAAACCAAGUCUUAAACAGAAAAAGGUAAAUGUAAAAUAAACAGAGUAAUUAGAUAGGAAUAGACCUCAGUACAAGUAUGUAAAUCAUGAAAAAGAAUAGCUUUUUUGAAAUUAGUAGUGGUAAAUAUUAUAACUUGAUUUAUAUUUGAUAAUGUCAAUAACACUCAUUCCAUAUGUAGGAGCAGUAACAAAACAAUGUGAGCGAUGACGUCUUUUUUCUGCACACAUUUUCAGGGAUAACUCAUGUAGUUGUUGUUCAUGGUUUUGGAGUAUAGCUCUGAAUCCCUUAAAAUAUAUGUCUGUAUUUCACAGUGUGUCAACACAAUAUAUUUUCCCUAAAUAGCAGUUAAACAUGUGAAUCUGUUGUUUCAGUGAGCAGAAUGAAGUGCUGGUGGAUGGCCCGGCUCUGGCUCCCAACAGCAGACUACAAAAUCCUGGAAAGGUAGACCUAAAGAUUUUACCUUCACACAGUUUAACAGUAUGAAUAAAUGAAUAAUAAGAUUUAUCUUUCAGCCAAGAGAAACACAAAUAAAGUGUGUAUAUUAGUCAUUUGGUUAAAGGAAUCCCAUUACAGUUGCAGUUAAAACGCGGUGGAUGGAACGAGCAGAUGGUGAACGACAUCUGUGAUUGAAAUUGCAGGGCUUUUCUCUAUGUUGGCUAGAAUGCUGUUUUAUUAAUCAAUAUAUGGAUGUAUAUGUUGGUUAGUGCUGAGUUACACACAAUGUAUGAAUUACAUACAAUAUCUUGUAUGGGGUGUAGAGUCAGGGGCGAGUUACUACUAUUGGUGCUUGUGAGUUAAUUAUUGCAGUUUGUUUUCAUAUUUCUUUUGUCUCAGUAACUAUUUUCCUCCUUAUUCAAAUCUCUGUCUGUGCAUGAAGGAUGGCAGCCCAGCCUCCACCUGCAGCUCCUCACCAAAGUUAGAUUGGAUGAUUAAAAGGGGAAUGGUGGGUGUGUGUCCAGAAUCUGGUUUUAAGUGGUUUCACCUCUCCACUCCCUGUGUAUCUUGGUUUUUUUAUUCAUAGAGGUGCAGUUUGAUUUUGCUGUUUUCACUUGUUGUAUUUUUUGGUCUAGGUCUUGAACACAAUGGUCUGCAUGUUUGUAUAGGUGGCGAAAAAUGAGAUCUUUUUGAGUUUUUGUCCAUCCCCAUUCAAAGCAUGACAAUGUUUGGGUUGCACUGUCCUGUUACACCACAUAGUUUUCUCACCGGUCUUGCUUUGAUUUGCAACAUGUGGUCCUUCUUUUGGUUUUUGUUUUUUAUCUUCUUUUGUGUAGUGGUUUGGUAGCUUUGUGACAUCUUCAUGCAAGUCAUUAUAUUCUUUAAAUGUCAUUAUGCUCACUGCCCUGGUUUCCUGUUUUCUCCUUUAGAUUCCUAUCAACCAGUCCAAUGUUAUGGAUGAUAUUGAGAAAUGGCUUGCACUGGAUGAUGAGGUAAAUGGCUGGAUAACUUUGCUUUUUAGCAUUUAAACUAAGAUUAAGCCCGACAACUAAUUUUUCAACUGGUUCAUACGUUAAAAAUUUGUUUGAAACUCGGCCCGUACCAAAAAAUGUCAAAAUUCUGAAAAAUCGUUGUGUGUUUGACAGGACGUACUGUGUAAACACUUGUUUUGUUGCCACAAGUCAACAAGUUUGUCCUCCAUUUUAACGCCCUGCCUAUCUUUAUGCUUGGCGAUAAAAUUGUUGCCAUUUGGCAUUAAGGAAAGAUAAUCAUAACACCCCCCACACACUGGAGAACACUGUCAAGAUAACCAUAGGAACCAUCUGUGAACCAGCUGACUAGCAGAAGAAGGGAUUCAGAUCCAAAAUCCAGGACCAGUUAUCUUAUAAUGUGUCCCCUGCAUUAAGAUCUAUAAUCUGUUCAUUACUUUGGUCCAAAUUGACCCAUUAAAACCUCCUUAACUGCCAUGUAAUUCGUUUCACAAGUAGGUUCCCUAUGAGAUAGAUUGUCGUCACCAUGGAGACUCUUAAACUGGUGUUGUGGCGCCACCAUCAGGACUGAUUUUUAAUUGAUCUCGUACAGUAGUUAAACAUCUGCUUUAUGUGUAGUUUGAUUAUUGUUGGCAAAUGUUAGUUUGAUAAAUGAAGAAUGAGGACUUAACAGACUCCAGAUAGGGAGAUAAGGUCUGCAUGAUGUGAGAAAAACUUGUGAUGUGUGAUAAUAUUGUUUCUCCUGAUUUAUAGCACAACGCAAAACACAUAAUUUAAGAGAGUAUGAGAUACAACUCAGUGUCCUUAUUUCUUUUAGCUUUACACAAUACAUGUAUGUGUUGCCUGUAUGUUUGUGUAUAUGUGCUGUAUAUGUAUGUGCUAAAUUUUUCUUUUAUGUUCAUGACAGUAUGAUGACUUUGAAGACUCAGAUGGUGUAACCAGUGAAGGUGAGAAUCUGUACAUUCUGCUCUUUCUGUUUUGUUCUGUUCCCUGUUUUCAAUAAAUGUUCUCGGCAUCAGACAUCUUUUAACAUGCUUUUUAUUUGUCGUGUUGUAGUUAUCACAUUUUGCCAUACUUACAUACCAAAAAAAAAAAUCAACUAAUUACAAAGUGGUGGCUGUGAUACCCUGCUUGCUUUUAUAAAUCAUUGUGGCUGCUAUGUUCAUGGGUUAUGACUUUAAAAUCUUUGAAAAUAUAUGUGUCAUUGUGUGAUUUAUCGUGUGACUGUAGCAGGUUUCUCAUUUAAAUCUGAUGCAAAAACACAAAAAUGAAAAGCUUUAACUUUUGUACCAUUGUGAACAUCCUUCCAACUCCACUUUAAACUCCUAUCUGUCAAUUGUUGUCACUGUUUUUUCUCUCUACCUCUGUAAUCACUCAGCAGAUGUAUAUUUUUUUCAUAUUUGAGCACAGUUUUUCUCUUUAUUUUACAGAAUUUGACAGAUUCUUGGCAGAAAGAGCAAAAGCUGCAGAGCGUCUGCCGUCCCUGAGCGCUGCCUCGCAGGAUAACAACCACUCCGAGUCUUAAGCUGUGCUUCAAACCUUCCAUACUAACAACACUCAUGAGGCAUCGUCUCUUUUAAAUGAAUGGUUCAAUGGCACAUCUGACGUGGGAUUUACCACCCAGGUCUGAGGGAGGAUGUGUUAGUUGGGUUUACUGUUCUUUACUGGGGGAAAAGUGUUUUUCAACUGUUAAAAAUAAUGUUACUUGAUCAAGCAGAGAUUUUUUUUUUAGCUUACAUUGUUAUGAGGGUUUGUCCAUGUGUUGAAUGCAAACAUUUGCACAUUUUAUAAGGUUACAUUCCUGCUGUUGUAAGAGAGGAUAUUGUUACAAAAACAUUUUUUUGCUAAAUAGAUGAUGUAUUAUAUUCCUGUAAUAUAUGUAUUGUUAAAUAUGUGAAUGAAAAGCCCCUGUGGAAGUAGCACACACUGAAAACUUGUACGUAACAGAAGCUGAGUACAUGAUGAAAUACUUUGAUGCAUUAUUGUUGAUGCACAGUCAGCUGAUGAGAUUUUUUGUACAUUCAACUUCUCUUCUGAGGAUGUCUUACUUGAAUUUAAACAGGGGGAUGAUGACAUAUUGCUGUCAUAAAUGAAAUUAAAGCUAUAAUCUGGAAGUUUGGCUGUUAUUCUAAUUUCAAACUGUGCAUUAAGAUUUCUUAAUGUGUAAUCAAAUAAAUGGCUUUGGAAGUAAA